GAUUCGUUUGGACGGAUUUGAUGUGGAGUUCAGGGUGUCACAGUGAAAGGGCCGGACGGUCGAAUCCUCUCCGUUGUCCAAACAUCCUUCCAGGUGAGGCGACACUUGACCUGUGAAUCUUCCGGGGUCGCCCGUUGUGUCCGCUGCUCCCGAUGUGGCCGCCUCGACAGUGAUGACACCGGCUCCUCCGCAGUUGUGCGGGGUAGGAGUAUUUUUUUUAUCGGGGGUCGUUAUUAUUGUUCCUUAUUGUCCGGAGAGGUGGUUUUUGAGGUUUGAUGAUUGGGAUCCUGCUCUUCUUGAUCCGGGGGGUGGGGUAGAAGUUUGAUUUUUCUCUGCGAACGACUUUCUUGCUCUCUCUUUGUUUCGUGGUUCUAUGGAGAAACAAAAACGCAGUGUUAUUUAUGGACACCUGCUUUAAUAAUAAACUAACCUUUGAACUAUCCGCUCCGAGCGGGAGUUCCCGGUGUCCAAACAUUUUCAUUCCGAUUCCCAUUCCCGUUGCUACCCGGCCUGCUGUGUUCGGCCAGCAUUUUGUUUGUGUUGCUUUGGAUUUCCAGGAUCUGCAGACUUUGUCGCGUUUGUGAUUUACCUCUCCGUUGUCCGUCCCGCUUCCGGCCACUUGUGGCGCUGCUGUGCGGGUCUCCGGCCGUCGGCGACGAUAUGCAGACAUCCGGCCAUUGGUGGCGCUGUGGAGGAACGCUGCUGAACGCAUGCGCGGUGCCGAGUGCCGCUGUUUGGCGGUUCUCCGAUUGGAGCAGGGUUAGACCUGCAGUGAGAGAUUUAUUGGAAGAAAAACCACGACUGAAGUCGAGGGAACAGCAACAAGUGAACCAGCCCGAGGAUUGAGAGCACCGACUGGAGAGAACCCAUCUGACUCGGAGAUUCCAGUGAUUCAGUCAGGAGAAAGUUUGGUUAAAAACAACAAGGAAAUUAUCUACGGGGAAGUCGAACACAACACGCUGUUUUGUUGUCUAUGUCCAGAUAUUUAAGAAGUGGAACAAGGGAUUCACUCGAUCAUCAUUCCUACUCAGGCUGUGGGGAGUGAUUCACUCGAUCAUUAUUCCUAUUCGGACUGGGGGAGAGAUUCAUCGAUCAUCUGACCGACUGACAUGCUGUCAAUUUACACGGGGGGAAUCCAUUUAUCUGCUCAGUCAUCCACCCUAAUGGCUCACCAGCGAGUUCACACUGGGGUGCGGCCAUUCACCUGCUCAGACUGUGGGAAGGGAUUUGCUUCGUCAUCCCAUCUGAAGAUACAUCAGCGAGUUCACACUGGAGAGAGGCCGUUCACCUGCUCAGACUGUGGGAAGGGAUUCAUUUCGUCAUCCCAUCUGAAGAUACAUCAGCGAGUUCACACUGGGGUGCGGCCGUUCACCUGCUCAGACUGUGGGAAGGGAUUCUCCGAAUUACCUCAACUUAAGAUACAUCAGCGAGUUCACACUGGAGAGAGGCCGUUCACCUGCUCAGACUGUGGGAAAGGAUUCACUCUGACAUCUCAACUGAAGGCACACCAGGGAGUUCACACCGGAGAGUGGGCAAUCACCUGCUCGGACUGUGGGAAGGGAUUCACUUGCUCAUCCCAUCUGAAGGUACAUCAGCGAGUUCACACUGGAGAGAAGCCGUUCACCUGCUCAGACUGUGGGAAGGGAUUCAUUUCGUCAUCCCAUCUGAAGAUACAUCAGCGAGUUCACACUGGUGAGAGGCCCUUCACCUGCUCAGACUGUGGGAAGGGUUUCACUUCAUCAUCCCAUCUGAAGAUACAUCAGUGAGUUCACACUGGUGAGGGGCCGUUCACCUGCUCAGACUGUGGGAAAGGAUUCACUCAGUCAUCCAUCCUAAAGGCACACCAGCGACUUCACACUGGGUAGAGACCGAUCUGCUCAGACUUUGGGAAAAGAUUCUCUCAGCCAAAUCAACCAGUGCGCAUCACUGAGUUCACACUGGGGAGAGGCCAUUCACCGGCUGUGAAUGUAGGAAGCGAUUCACUCAGUCAUCUAAUCUUAUGUAGCUCUCAGUUCUGCUGGCAGCUUAACAGAGGGGGUUAUAGCCUGCCCACCCCAGUCUGGCCAAACUGAAUAAUCUCGUUUGGGUGGAUACUGAGUGAUGUGUCCCCUUUCUGUGAACUGUCUCUUUAAAAUGCAAAGAGAACCGAGACUGACUUUGGACACGCUGUUGGAUUUCUGCAGAAGUGCUGGGUUGCUAUGGUGACCAGCUAAUGUUUAUGUUCUGUGUGGUUAAGCAAGGUCAGAAUGAUCCUUUACCGACACAGAACAAGCAAGCGACUUCUUACAGAGAAAGGGGGCGGAGCUACGUGAUGGACAGAUGGUGUUCAGCACAACGGUAUUUAAACACACGUAACUGCUUUUCUCGCAGGACACGCAGACGCUCAAAGGCUAGUGAUGAAAGUUUCUGCUAGUUGGACUUUCUUGUACCCACAAGGGUGGGAUUUGAGGAUCGAUAAAGAAGAAUCGAUCUGUGGCUUUUAGUGCGUGUAAGAGCGACCCUGUGGGAUCUACCGGAGAGUCUAACCCUUGCUUGGGUUGGGAGACUUUCUCUUGAAGAAGGUGCUCUUGAGUUGGUCACGUCUGGCUAACUUGGAAGAUUUGAUGGGCAUUGGAAAAGGUCGACAACACCUGUUUACUUGGAUUACAUCUCCCUCACCCUCGCCCUCUCCUUCCCUCCCUCCCUCCCCCUCC